AUGAAAGCUAAAGUUCCAAAGGACUUCAAAGCUCCUUACAUGACCUCGUACGAUGGUAUUCACCUCAGCAACUUUAGGAGCCAGAUGUACCUCACGGAUGCCUCAGACGUGACCCGUUGCAAAGCCUUCCCGACCACCUUGACCAAGGCGGCCAUAAAAUGGUUCGACAGCCUGCCACCAAGAUCGAUCACAAGCUUCGAUGACCUCGCCAAGAAGUUCCUCGCCAUAUUCUCUAUUCAGAAGGACAAAGCAAAACAUGCUCCAAGGCUGCUAGGGUUUAAACAAGGAGAUCAGGAGAGCCUCCGUAGCUAUAUGGAAAGAUUCAAUAAAGCAUGCCUUGACAUACAGAAUCUACCUACAGAAGCGGCCAUUAUGGGACUCAUCAACGGCCUACGAGAAUGA